GAUUUCCCCGAUUGGCAGCGCGACCUGUCAGCAAUGGCAACCUUAACCCAAGAAGCCGACUGUCCUCCACCAAAAAAGCAAAAAUUCGAAGAAAAACCAGAAACAUGUAAAAACGGAAUCCACGAAUCUCUCGUCGACUUAUCAUCUUUCCAACUAGAAAAAGUCCUCCACAACAACACAAACAGAAAAACGGUGUGCCUUAAGGGAAAAUUUGUCUCCAAACAGGGGGAAGCUUUAGUGCUUUUAGAGAAAACGGCCUUCGCUGAAGAAAAUUUAAAACAAGAUAGCGACUAUUUCACCAAAAGUAGCGCGUUGGAGAAGGUUUUCCAUAACGAUAUUUACGGGAAUUACAACUAUUUUCCUAAAGUUAACCUGAACACAAUCAAAGCGACCAUCAUUCACCCUGCUACUGAACAACACUUCUUGAAGUAUUCGCCACAGAAGUGUCGCGUAGUUGACGAGACUCCAGAAGUUUAUGAAAAGAUAGUGUUACCACACUUAAGUUCUGAACAAUUUAACUUGAAGUGGUUGUAUAAUAUCUUGGAACAUAAGUCAGAAGUUGAGCGAAUCAUAUUUGAAGAUCCAGAUGUAGAAAACGGGUUUAUUUUAUUACCAGACUUGAAGUGGAAUGGCGAAGUUGACACGCUCUAUUUGUUAGGAAUCGUGCACAAACGUGAUAUUAAAUCAUUAAGAGAUCUGACUGCACAACACUUGCCUUUACUCAAAAACAUCCAGAAGAAAGGAAUUGAAAGCAUUAAGUCGAAAUAUGGUCUUGAUGGAAGCCAACUGAGAAUCUACCUCCACUACCAACCAUCAUUCUAUCAUUUACAUGUACAUUUUACUUACAUACAGCAUGAAGCUCCAGGUAUUUUAGCAGAAAGAGCGCAUUUACUGUCUAACGUAAUCAGCAACAUUGAGUUGCUACCAAACUACUACCAAAAAGUCACUCUACCUUUCGUUGUUCGAGAAAACGACGCCCUUUUCAAAAAGUUACAAGAAAAUGUAAAUUAA